AUGACACUAGCUGCAACUAAGUGUUGGUUCAUAUGGAAAGAACGAUGCCUUAGAGUUUUUGAAAAUAAAACUAGGACAACUGAACAAUUAGCUCUAGCUAUAUCUAGGCACUUUGCUUACUGGCAUCCAGAAAAUAGAGUAACAACACAUGAAACUAACAACAUUACUCAGACCAGGGAUAUUUACUGGAACUUACCAGCUGUAAACACACUUAAAUUAAACCGUGACACCUCUUGGUUAUCUGAAAUCACUAAUGAUGGGUUUGGUUUUAUCAUUCGCAAUUGGAUAGGCACCUUUCAAGCAGCAGAAAUUGGAUGGUGCAGGACAUUCUCAGUUGAAGAAGCAGAAGCUCUAGCUCUGCUGAGGGCAACACAAUGUGCCACCAAAAACAACAUCCAAAAUCUGGUGAUAGAAGGUGACAAUCAGGCAACAAUAUGGUAUUUACAAGGAAAGGCAACAACUGUUCGAUGGAAAUGCAUCGCAAUCUUGGAAGAAGUUAAAUUAUUAGCAAAUCAAUUAGUUUCUUUUCUAGUCUUUCAGUACGUAGAUACAAGAGCAAACAAGGUGGCAGACUUGUUGGCAAAGGAGGGGUGA